AAUGGGUGAAGUGAGGGGAACGGUCCUAGCAGCUGGGUGGAGUGAGGGGAACGGUCCUAGCAGCUGGGUGGAGUGAGGGGAACGGUCCUAGCAGCUGGGUGGAGGGCAGCUAAGGACUUGCUGUCUGAGCCGGAGUAAGAGAGAGAGAGAGAGAGAGAGAGAGAGUCAGUGCGUGUUGGUGUAGAAGGCAGGGCGCUGGUGGCACCAGUGUUGGCCCGCCUGCCGCUGAGGACGGGUGCCUUCUGCCGCUGACCCAUCUGGCACUCUCUGGCUCAAGUCCACUGGCACUCCUCCCUGGCCGGGAGCCUCAGGGGACCCACCUAUCAGCUGAUCUGGGGGCCCACGGCACCGCGUGUUUUCAAAUCCUUACUUUCUUUAACCCCAAGAACCCACAGACUCCAAAUUUUUCUCACGGGACAUUAACGUCAUUUACAGAAACGGUGAAAAAAAUACAAUAAAUCCCAAUAAUAUCAAUGAAAAACAAUUGGUCAACUUUAAAUGAUGUUCCCAAAACGCAUUUGUUUUAAUGAACCCCGAAUUAAGAAAUACCUGUAAGCUUGUACAUAGUAAUAUACGCAAAUUAGAUAGUGAUGGAUGUUUUCAAGAUUCCUAACCAAGUGACCUCUGUUUGAGCAAGAGGAAGCAACACAAGAACGAGGAGGAAGAGGAAGUGUUUUCUUCCUGGGAAGAAUUUGUGUUCUAGUUUGACUAAUCAGAAGUCUCGCCUGAAAAGGGAAGAGAGAUGAGCGACCACUCCACAGCGCUGAGUCGGCUCCUCCUGCUGCUUCCAACCCUAGGUGUGGGCGGGCAGGGUAUCGGAAUGGGCGUGUUGUCCUCCCUGGGCACGAAACCACUACCCUUAACGGCAAAGACGCAGAGAUUCGUGAGCGUUUCCGAAGCCCACUACGAUCACACGCACCACACGCACCACCACCAUGAAGAAACGCCGGAGCCGCACAUAGAUGUCUCAGCCAACACGACGCAAGAGGUCUUCCUGGGCGGUACGGCCACUCUCGCUUGCACGGUCCACGACCUACUCAACGAAUCGGUGUCGUGGAUGAGGCAGGUGGAUGAGGUGCUCGAGCUGCUUACCUGGGAUACUCACACUUAUGUUAAAGACGACAGGUGA